GUACUAGUACAGCGGUGAGUGACAGUCCCGCUUCACGGUAGCUGCUCCGCUCCUCUCCUCCCAACAACACCACUACAAGACCGGCGCCGAGCAGGGCAGGGAGACAGACAGACCGAGAGACGGGCAGCGGGAUGGGCCCUGGUCACUGUGGUGUGCAGUAAAUGGGAUUAAACCGCUCAGACAGCGCUUGGGAACACGAGCAGCUGUAGUAGUAGCUUAGUAAGUGGAGAGUAGGGGGAGCUCCGCGCUGAGCUGCGCCGCAUGUGCUCGCCCGUGUGGAAAACUUGCGCCGGCCCGUCCGUCACAGAGAAGAACAACCAAAAGAAGAGGCAAACUAACCGAAGCUGUAGCUGCAAACAACCCCUGGUCCAGGUUUAAUCUCCGGGACACUUGGCAGCGACCCCUCUGCCUCCCCUCUCACAUGCCUGCGUUGAUGUGGGGAAGAGGGAGGGGAGAGGAGCCGGGGGAUGUUUGAAUUACCUCUCUAAACUUGCAUAAAUACAGCUAGGGAACUAAAAAAAGAGGUCGCGUUUGUUUGUGUGUGGGGGAUAAGGGAGAUAUCGGGGUGUCAUGGAGAGCCAAGCGGGCGAGCACCAGAGCUGCGAGGACGUGCGGAAGAGCGGCUAUCUCCGCAAGCAGAAGUCCAUGCACCGGCGGUACUUCGUGCUCCGCGCCGCCUCGGAGCGCGGCCCGGCCCGCCUGGAGUACUACGAGAACGAGAAGAAAUUCCGCGGCAAGGCCCCCGUCCCGAAGAAAGCCGUAGCGCUGGAGACGUGCUUCAACAUCAACAAGCGGGCCGACUCCAAGAACAAGCACAUGAUCGUGCUGUACACGCGGGCCGAGAGUUUCGCCGUCGCCGCGGAGAACGAGGCGGACCAGGACGAGUGGUACCAGGCCAUGGUGGACCUUCAGUGCAGAAGUAAGAACCCAAUUGACAGCGGGGCUGCGGGGGACUAUGGAGUGCCCAAUCCCGGGCCUGCUUUCAAAGAAGUGUGGCAGGUAAAGGUGUGGCCCAAAGGCCUGGGUCAAGCCAAGAACUUGGUGGGCAUCUACCGCCUUUGCCUGACUGACAAGACAGUCAACUUUGUCAAGCUCAACUCUGAUGCUGCUGCUGUGGUGCUGCAGCUGAUGAACGUCCGACGCUGCGGCCAUUCAGAAAACUUCUUCUUCGUUGAGGUGGGACGCUCUGCCGUUACAGGCCCGGGCGAGUUCUGGAUGCAGGUGGAUGAUUCUGUGGUGGCCCAGAACAUGCAUGAAACCUUGCUAGAGGCCAUGAAAGCACUGAGCGAAGAGUUCCGCCAACGCAGCAAGUCCCAGUCGAACUCCGGCCCUGGAGGAGGUUCUACUGCUUCUAACCCCAUCAGUGUUCCCUCACGCCGCCACCACCCAAACCCGCCUCCCAGCCAGGUGGGCUUCACCCGCCGGCCCCGAACUGAGCCUCCUGGAGGAGCUAAUGGUGGAGCAGGGGUCAGCAGUGCCAACGCCUCUCCCACCCCACGGCAUAGCUUUCCGAGGUCUCGCACUGCCAGUGAUGGGGGAAAAGGUGAGGAAGGGAUAGCAGGGACCACACCACUCCAGGGGCGGAGUUCCAGCCCCUCCACCAAUGGCUCCUGCUCCACCACCCCAGUCCUCAGGUCAAAGUCAGUCCGUUCUGCACCCACUACAGCUGCUAAAACUCCUCUUGGGUUGAUGCGCUCCAUAUCCACCCCGGCGCCGUCUCCUGCCCCAAGCCUCUCCUCCAGCUCUGGGCAUGGCUCUGAGUUUGGAGGUGUAACAUCCUCUGCCAGUGCUGGUCCGUGUGGUGCCUACAGUCGUGUCCCUUCCCAUCACGAGUCUGUCUCUUGCUCCCCCAGUGACUAUGGCUCCUCAGACGAGUAUGGCUCUAGUCCUGGGGAGCACACGCUCCUCCCCUCCCCAAGCCUCCCUGGAAGCUCAGUUGGUAGCGUCGGCAGCCAGUCACUUGGCGAGGAAGGAGCCAAUUAUAUCCUAAUGGGCCAACGUAGUGGUGGUGUCAGCGGUGGCAACAGUAAUCAAGGAAGCUUGAAAUCCAGCUCGCUGCCAGCGCCAGAAACAUCAGCCUCUGGCUCCCAACCCCAGACCAAGAGAGUGCUGCGCCGUUCCUCUAGCCGUGAAUGUGAAGCUGAACGUAGGCUGCUGAGCAAGCGGGCUUCAUUACCUCCUAUGGCUCUGGAGAGGCUGGCCCCACGCCAGCGCAAAGCUGAGGAGCCAGCAGAUGAAGAUUCAGCCGAUUAUGCCAUCAUGUCGAGAAGCACCAGCCGCGAAUCCUUUACUUCCACCUCCUCUUCCACACUGAGGGAAUCUGUCGUGGGUGCGGGGUCAGCAGGGGGAGGAGGAGGGUACUUGGAUGUGGCAGGUGAAUUAAAAAAUGAUGGGGGUGGAGGAGCAAGUAGUAGUGUAGAUAUGGGUAUGGACAAUGGAUACAUGUCCAUGCUGCCUGGUGUCACUCAGCCUCCAGUAUCCCUGUCCCAAUCAUUGGCCGUCUCUGUCCCAGACUCAGAUUCCAAACCUGCUGAUGAUUACAUGGCCAUGACCCCUAACAACAGCGUUUCCCCUCCCCAGCAGAUCCGGCCUCCACCAGCUUCUGAUGGCUAUAUGAUAAUGUCUCCCAAUAGCAGCUGCUCUCCUGACCAGCGGGGAGGUCUCUCUGGAGGGGCCUGGGUGGGCAGUGGCAGUGCAGACAGCAGGGCAGGCAGUGAUUAUAUGAACAUGUCUCCAAUCAGCGCACGUUCUGUAAAUGGCAGUCCCCCACCUCCUGAGCACACCAUUCAUUUGGAGACCAGUUCUCAACAGCAAGCACCUAAGAUGGUGUAUUCAUACUAUUCUCUUCCCCGUUCAUACAAACACAACCCCUCCGCUGGACACUUUGACGAUGGACCUGGACGAGGCAGAAGGCCCAACGGGAGUUGUAGUAGGGGAAUGGGUGGAGGUAGGACUACGGGAGGGCCUCAGGAGCAACCAGCAGCGGGCAAUUCAGGGGUUGGACGCCACCUGUCACUCUCCUCUUCCUCAUAUUCCUCCAGCUCAGCCAGCAGCGAAAGCCUCGGGGAGAGCGAGGACCGAGCUACCCAUUCAGUUAGCACCAUGGCUGGGGGAGCUCAGUCCAAAGAUGGCAGUAAGCUGCAGCAGAGACGGAGCUCUGGUGGAUUGUCCAAGCAGGGUAGCCAUACUAAAAGCAGACCAGUGAGCCUGUUUGUUGAUGUAUCCAAGGCUAACACCCUUCCUAGGGUUCGUGAGAAUCCCCUGCCCCCAGAACCAAAGAGCCCUGGGGAGUAUGUAAGCAUCGAGUUUAAGGGGGACAAGUGCAGUCAGACUGGAUUUGGAGGAGGGCGGGGUAGGGGUCUCAGGCAUGGCUUAUCACUGCCUCAAGGCUCAAGCAGCAAGCAUUCUCAACACAGGCCAGCUUCUUGCUUAGGGAACUUUAUCCCCCUCUCCCGUAGCCCCUCUGCCCCCAUCACUCCCCCUUCUGCCUCUGAGUAUGUUAACAUGGACCUGGGCCCUUCUCCGUCCCCCUCACCCCUCUCACUUAAUCCACUAGUUUUCCCCUCUUUCCAUACUCCUCCGACACCUCCAACCCUUGCUCAUGCCCCCAAAGCAUGUGAUGAAGGUACUACUGGCCCUUGUGAAGAGGGGGCUGAAGUGGCUGAGGCCCCACUUAGGAAAAGCAGAGACAGUGUUCCAUCAAUGAAUGAGUCUGAUUCCCCAACAUCCUGUGGAGACUACACAGAGAUGGCCUUUAGCUUGAAUAGCAGCACCGUCCCUAGGUCAUCAUCCAGUGUCUCCCCUAAUGCCCCUUCCCCCACCAGGACUGAUCCUUCUGUUCCAGUGCUAUCUCGGGGUCUAGACUUCUCCCUAGCCAAACCAGGAACCAACCCAGACCAUGGGGCUAAAGUUAUCCGGGCCGACCCCCAAGGACGCAGACGGCACUGCUCAGAAACCUUCCUUGCCUCGCCUUCCCUCCCCACUUCUACCUCUAGUUCCUCUUCUUCCACUGCCUCCCUCUUUCCAGAACACGCCCAAGCUGUGGCCCGCCGGCUGGGAUUUGAAAGCAUGCUAUGGGGGAAUGGUGCUGUGACUGAUAACCCCACUCAGUUCGCCCUCCCUGGACAGCAGUCCCUUCCAACAAACAGUCAGACUUCGUCCACAGAGCAAGGCCUUAACUACAUAGACUUGGACUUGGCCAACAAAGAGAGCCCCCAUUUGGGCCUGGAUGGACCCUCAGGUAGCCAAGCCCCCUCUCGCCUCUUCUCUGUACUGGGUGGAGGUUCUGGGGUCGGGGGAGUAAGCGCAGCAGUCAGCAGCAGCAGCAGCAGCAGCUCCAGCCUCAACACUUACGCCAGCAUCGACUUCUACAAAUCAGAGGAGCUGCGGACCCACCAGAGUGGAAGCAAGGAGGGAACAGAGUGCUGAUGUCAGUGUGUCGUCCUUCGGGAAACAAUCUGGUACCGCUCAGAGAGCCUCAGAGCUCCGCCUGUUCCUUUUGUGACAACCAAUCACACCGAGAGAGCAGCUGGAUCGUACACACCCCUGAAGCACUUUGAUAGAGAUUGAUUGAACGCAUUUUUUUUCUCCUUCACUUUCAUCUUGUUGGUUAUGGAAACCAAUGGGGAUGUGUGCCAAAUGACGUUCUUGAAAAAGCCAUUUGCUGCUCUCAUUCCUUGAGUGAAAGCCAAUCAGAGAAGGGUACAAAAAAAAUUAUGGAGAUCGGAGAGAAAAACUCAUAAUCAUUACGACUGGUGGCUGACUAGUGUAUGAAAAAGAAAAUAAAAACAAUUAUAUAUCAGCUCAAAAAGUGCCUCAUUUUCAGAUUGUAGCCAUUUUACGAAGAACUCCAACUUAGCCUCAACUAACUGAGGCACUGGGUAUUUUUUUGUGCUUGAUUUGAUGUAGUUACAACAAAAAAAACAGCAGAAGAUAUAAAGUGGGAAGCACUGGUGUGAGCUUUUGCCGCGUUCAUGUCACAUGGGAUGAAUUGCAGAAAGAUUCCAAUGUUAAUAUGUGAGCAACAGUUUUAUGAUUACAGAGUUGGUCGUGUGAGGGUUAAAAAUACUACGCAAUGGUCAAUUUAACACUGUAUCCACAAAAUUUGGGCUUAUUUACCUUGAAUGACAGACUCUGGCUCACAUGUUGCAUUCUUAAGUAUUUCGACUACAUUUGUUUGUCAUUGCGCGCCAAGUUGGAUAUAAAACUCUUAACAUUCAUAAUUCAUAACUUGGAUGUAGACAAGAACAACAUUUACAAGUCGAAACCUGGAAAUCACAAUAAAUCUGAUAUGACAUUAAUGCAGCAUUUUCACUAACAUUAAUAAUGAUAAUGGUACUAGCAAUCUGCUGGCCUUCCUGUCUACUGUGAGAAAUAUUAGCGUAGCCGCUGUUAGCACUCCGUCAAUCCUCGUUUUCUCUUUCUUCUGACUUUUUAACAGAGCCACACACCUGAAGUAUUAAACACACGUGCUUGAAACAAAAGGCACUUGUUGCAGGGGAUUCAGUAGCUUGCUAGUAAGCUAAAGCCAGCUAGGUCAGAUUAAGAUAUUAGCAUCGAGCCAGGACGUAAAUUAACUGUCCUGCUGACAACAGCUCAGAGCAAGACCCCUGAUAUAGAGAAAAGCAAUCCCAUUAGUGCUAUUAGCUCCAGACACGUAUGUCUCACUUAAUCUUCUUCGUCUCAGGAUGCUAAAUAACAUACAGUACAUACAGUAGAGGAUAGAGACCCUAUCUAUAGCCAUGCUUAUGCUAGCUCAGCACACUGAUUUUAGCGCCGGAAAGCUAGUCAAGUUUUUAUUUCAAUACUGUCAGUAUGAAAUAAUAAAUGAAACUGCUAAUCUGUUCUCAGUCUUUUAUACGUUAAGUUAGCAAACAUUUUAAGAAGAACGACUUUACAGUUUUUAAUUUUCAAACUGGUUGAAUUGAAAGUGAUUUGACCCUUAAUCCUUCUUCUAAGACUCUUUGUUUCUGUCUCCCUACUUUCUGUCUUUCGCUUGGCUCUUACUUUAAUCUCCGCUAUGCAUCAGCACUUAAGUGCCUGUCUAUCCUUUUUAUCUGUCUGUGUCUCUGCCCCGUCUUAGCAGCUAGCACUAAAUAGGGCUGUCCUAGCAGGAAAUAUCAAGUCUAUUUUUGUCUGUUUUGGCUGUACAGUUCUCAUAAAAUAACUUGUUUAUGUUUGUUCGGUGUGACAAUGAUCUAUCAGAUGACUUGACCGACAGCCAUGGCGCUAACCGGAGGACUUUCGGACUGUUUCUCUUUGCCGCUAAUGGAGGACUUAAUUGUCGCAGGGCUGUCCGUGCCAAAUCCCUACAACAACAAAAAAAGACUAAGCUCCGACAGCACCUCAAGAAGCAACCUUCAGCUCCCAAAUCUGGACUUAGUGCUUUGUUUUGUUUUAAAAAUGUAAUCUUUUGUGUUCCCCCGUUGUUUUAUUUGCAGUGUGGGGGAAGAAACUGUGACAUAUCUCGCCUCGCAUUCUGCUUGUGACGUGACUCUCGGAGAUGAAGGUCAUAGUGAAGACUUGCGUAUGCUUUAACCUUGAAUUUGCCUACAAGUCUGACCAGAGGAGAAAAGAAAUAUAUGACCAGAGAGAGAGAAAAGGCCACCACGGAAAACAACAACAAAAACCUAAUGUUAAAUACAUGUGCAUCUAUGUAGCUAUAAAUUGUACUCGUGUGUUUGUCUGUCUGCCUGCCUUGGGAAGUUCAUGAACUUUCCCAUUCUGGUCACAUGACUGUCGGGGGGCCUAGAGCAUAACAAUACAGCUUUAUUAUGAGCAGAUUGGGAUCUGGGGUUGGAAUUGCCACUAAUAGCAGUUACAAAUGCAGAAGUGGAAAAGAAACAAUUAGACUUCAAGCCAGAUUCAGCACAUAAAUCCAUGCUUUCAUGCAGACUUGCAGGCAAACACAUGGGGAUUAGUUGAAAUGUUUCUAAUGUCUUUUGGAGAUGUUCUCAUGUUGAAACUCGGCAGUUUUCAGCAAAACACAAAUGCUCGAGGGUACUUGUAGUUUAGAAAGAAAGAAAGAGAGCGCCCAAACUGACUUGCUUACACUACCAUCCUGCCAUUUAGAGCCCUGUUCACGCUCUGAGCAUCUCAUGAACUUUUGAAACAAACGUUUUUUACUUUAUCAAAUCUGCCUGCAGUCUGGAAAAUCCUUUGACUGUUUGUGGCGAAGUGCUCGAUGGUCACAGCCACCUGUGAUAAAAGUUCUUUUGGGAAAGCUCAGCCAUUCAAGACUUUUAAGUGGCUGUAUGAUUUAAUUCAUUGCGAGUUUGGAGAUGUUCAUAAAAUGUGCAGGAACGUGUUGCUGCUGUUCUAAAUUGUUAUGUCUCUUGCUCCUGUUCCCCUGAGGGAUGGUACUGAAUGGGAAUAUUGUGAGAUUUGCCAUUGAUGUAGACAGUUUUACUUCUGUUGCUUAAGAAAAAAAAAAUCUUGACUAAAAGGAAAAAAAGUCAAACAACAAAAGGA